AGGGCAUGCCAUGUGCAGUGCCAAAAUUAAUAACUGGCACGGAUCUGGCUGCCCACAAACGGACGGACAGACAUCCUCCUUCAACUUCCAAGUCCAGUCCACCAAGUGCAAUAAUAUAAUUGUACUCGAAUAUUGGUUCUGCAUCCUUGCAAUUACAUUCUUUACAGGUACUCCGCCUCCCUACGCUACAUACAUAUGAUUCUCAAUAAGCAUUGGGUAGCUGUUGCCUCCUGCCCCUGAUCUGUUCCCUGACAUCGGCUGCUUGCUUGCUUGCUCUGCCCUGAGUGUUUCUUUGCUGCUUAAUUGCUCCCGAGAACAGGAGGACAGGAAGCACACGCCCUUUAUGAUACGUAUCUUGCAGGGGAGGGGACGAACAAAUGGAGAUUAUCAUGGCAACUCGAUUCGUUUCUUCCACAGCGCGAAAUAUGGAUGUGAUGAGAUGAGCUUUCCGAUCCGACAUCUAGCUAGCUAGCUUUGCUUGCUUUCUUGCACAAUUCAGUCAGUCAGUCAAUCCCCACGCUUCACAGGCAGUAGACUAGACACUAGAGAGAAGAGGUCAGAGGAGCUCUGAUCUGGACGGCAAGAGGCCGCUGAAUGGCAUGGCUGAUCCGAUGCUGAGGUCGUCCGUGCCGGACAAAGAUCUGGCGGCGCUGUGUGAUGUUGUGAGGCUGUGCAUCCACUCUGACAAGGGCAAGAGACCGGGCAUGGGCGAGGUUGCGAGGCUCAUGAGAUGCGUCACCGCCUUGUCGCCGGAGCAGGCGAGCCCGAGGGACAACCCGCUGUGGUGGGCCGAGCUUGAGAUCGCCUCCACCACGGUGGAGUCCGGGUGAAAUUCAGAACCAAAUUCAACGCCCCGAAAUGAUAACUAUUAUACUGAAUUUUCCUCUUUGCUUUUUGUUCUUUUCUUUGUGUCAUCAGUUCCCUUUUUCGCUGUAUACUAUGUAUAACUUUUGCUGCUGAUCACUGUGAAUGUGCAAAUUUGUACAAAUGGAGAACAAGAAAUGGCAUUUGUAACUAGAAGACUCAUACUCUUUGAAGGGAAGGGAAGGAUUCUUCCAUACAUGGUUUCUCUGCAAGCCCAAUCGCAUCUAUCAGAUAUCUAUUGCUAUCAAGUUUGCAGGUGUACCAUGCAGACCAAGUAAAAAAUACCACAGAUCUCAUCUAAGCUGAGAUUCCUUUUUUCCCGUCACAGAUACUUUCACCAUUUGCCAAGUCUUGUUUUGGGCCUUUGUUCUACAAACAACGGUACCCAAUGUUUGGAAAGGCGUUGGUUGGUUGAUCCAUUUCAUUCAUUCGUCAGAAAGCAAAACAAGUCUCAGCUCUCAACUGACAAGGAGUAGCGCUGCGGCUGCCAACACUUGCCUGCCAUAGUCCAAUGGCAACCGCAUCCGACAGCACCCACUCGCCUCCUUCCGUCCCCCACGGCCACGACGAGGAUGACGAUGACGAAUUCGACGACGACGACGAGCCCUCGGCGUCCCCGUCCGAGGAGGCGCGCCACGAGGCCGUGCUCCGGCGGCUCACCGCCGAUGAGGUCCGGAUCCGGGUGUACCAGGUCACGAUCCGGGGUUGCGCCCGCACGCGCCGCGCCGCGGUCGAGGCUGCGGUGGGCCCGGACCUCGCGCGCGCCGCCACCGUGCGAGACCUCGUGCGCGCCGCCGCCGCGGCCGGCGACCGCCUCCGUCGCCUCGCCGCCUUCGAUACUGUCUCCAUCACGCUCGACGCGGCUCCGUCAGGGAUCCCCGGCAGCGCCGUCGUCGUACUUGUUGACGUCGCAGAGGCCCGCGGCCGCGCUGCCGCUGAAUUCGGCGUCUUCGCCACCACCCAGACUCGGUCAUGUUCACUUGAAGGUUCACUGAAGUUGAAGAACCUAUUUGGAUACUGUGAGACCUGGGAUGCAGCAGGUGCCCUUGAAUUAGAUAAGACAACAGAACUAAGUGCUGGAGUGGAAAUGCCUAGAAUCGGAGCGAUACCAACUCCGCUGGUGGCUAGAAUAUCAUUUCUGUCCGAGGACUGGUUAAAGUCCUCACUCAAAGAACACCUGAUGGGCGUUUCUGUUGGCUUGCUCUCCACCAUGAACCACAACCUUGCUUACAAUUUGACAUGGCGAAAAUUAACUGAUCCAGCACGCAGGUCAUCCAAUUCUGUACAAGAACAGUUAGGGCAUAGCCUUUUGUCCUCUGUUAAGUAUGCAUACACGGUUGACCAAAGGGACUCAAGCAUAAGGCCUACACGUGGAUAUGCUUUUCUGUCGUCUUCUCAAGUAGGAGGUCUUGCACCGGGGAGCAGAUGCUCACGGUUUCUUAGACAGGAAUUCGAUCUUCGAGUGGCGUUGCCUCUGGGUGUGCUUAAUAGUGCUCUCAAUGCUGGAGUUGCGGCAGGAGUCAUCCAUCCAUUGGAAAGGGGAUCCACAGGAUCUGUCUCACCACUUUCAGAAAGGUUUUACUUGGGAGGUAACAGGUCUCUUAUAUGCCGCUUGGGUGGACCAUCGUCACUCUUAGGCUUCAAAACAAGAGGACUAGGAGCAAGGGAAUUCAGAACCUGUGACCCCAACAAUUCUGAAAAUGGUAGUUCCAGUUGUCCUGAGCUAAUUGGUCCUGGUGGUGACAUAGCAGUGACAGCAUUUGCAGACCUCUCCUUUGAUAUACCUCUGAAGCCACUCAGGGAUCUAGGAAUUCAUGGCCAUGCAUUUGUCUGUGCUGGAAAUCUUGGUAAAUUAACUGAGUGUGAUCUACGGAAAUUUCCCCUUACUGACUUCCUACAAACGUUCAGGAGUUCUGCAGGAUUUGGUGUAGUCCUGCCAACCAGAUUGUUUCGCAUAGAGAUAAAUUACUGCCACAUCCUGAAACAGUUUGACCAUGAUAAGGGAAAGCCGGGCAUACAGUUAAACUUUGCUUCACCCUAAUUUCAUUGGCAAUAUGUUCACAUCAAGAUGAAUAGUUGUAUUUCCCCCCUCACUAUUCUGAUUUUUUUAUCCUUUUGACAAGAGCUUACCUUGCACACUCUUAAGUGAUAAAUUACUUGUUCCGGGCUGCGGAUUUGAUGUU